AUGACGAGCGAGAGGCCUGGGACAGGGCUGCUGCUGCUGCUGCUGCUGCUGGGAGCCGCACAGGCCCAGCAAGAUGUGGGGAGUUCUGAGGAGUCGUCCUGCCGCCUGGCGAGACGGUACAAGAACUUCCGGCGAUACGUGUACGACUACGAAACUUCAGCCAUCAACAUGAUGAACGGAGCGAGCGACCAGAAGAGCGGCCCCAAAGUCACCUGCAAAGUGGAGCUGGACGUGCCGCAGGGUUGUAGCUUCAUCAUGAGGACCACAGACUGCAGCCUGCUGGAGCUGUCGGGCCUGGACUCCAGUGGAAACCCGGUCUACGUGCCUGCACAGGGGACCGAAGUCUUCAGUGAGGAGAUGGCCAAGUCUGUAUUGAAGUUCCAAGUGUCUGAGUCUGGACCAGUGCUGUACCCGGAGACCGAGACCACGCUCACCCUGAACCUCAAGAGAGCCAUGGUGUCCUCACUCAUGGUGCCGCCCCGAGAUGAUGCUGCCACUGUGGACAUGCCUACAGUCCAUGGACACUGCUCCUCGGAGGUGACAGAGAAAUCCAGAGACCAGAGCACGUCCGAAUUCACCGUCCGCAGAGACCUGAGCUCAUGCGACAGACUCAUCCACUCACAGCCCACCAGCCCCCUGGCCCUCAUCUCCGGCAUGAACAUGCCGCUGUCUAAGUUGAUCAGCGCUGAGCAGCUCUGUGACUACACUUUCGACAACCAGAGGAGGCACAUGAGCGCGCUGACCUGCACCGAGACUCACCUGCUGCUGGCCUUCUCCCAUCAGAACAAAUAUGGCAUGUCCACGAAGGUGCGCACCUCCAUGAGCCUGAGGGAAGUGUCCAAGAUCAACGACAGAGUGUUCGAUUAUGACGAGUCCAACUCACGCACCUUACACCUGGAGCGCAUGGAAGACAAGUCCCCAGUGCAGACUAAAGACGAGUCCAUCCGCCUGCUUGGCGAGCUCCUCUCUCUCCGAGACGACAACACCAAAGACGACUCCCGUGCACAGCUCUUCCGCCGCCUGGUUCUGGAGCUGCGUGCCCUCAAAGCUGAUGUGGCCCAGUCCACGGCCAUGGACAUGUUUGAAACGUCCCAGCGCAUGACCCUUCAGGCGCUGGUGCAGUGUGGCAGCCCCGAGUGCCUGAGCGCGCUGCUCAAGGUGCUCAGGACAUUCAACCAUGAGGCCUAUGAAGUGGACGCUGUGGUGAUGGCUCUGGGCAUGCUGCCCUCCCCCUCACGCUUACUGCUGAAAGACCUGCUGGAGAUGGCCAAGUACAAGCAGAGCAGAGCCAUCAUGUACGCCGUGGGAAACGUGGCCAAGAAGCUGGCUGAGGCAGAAGGUGCAGAGGUCGAGGAAGUGCGUGCGGUUUACGACUUCUUCACGUCCAUGCUGGGUGAAGACUGUUCUGGAGACAAGGAGGUCACCUUCCAGACACUUCGGGUCAUUGGGAACAUGGGAGCCACUCUGGAGGCAGUAGACCCGUCCAUCAAAGGUACUCUGCUAAAGUGCAUGAGACAACCAGCCACAACUCUGUCUGUGCAGCUUGCAGCCAUCCAGGCCUUCAGGCGCAUGACUCUGACCGAAGAGGUGCGCUCCAACUUGCAGAGGGUGAGCCAGUACCCCAAGGGCGCAGUGCAGAAGCGCCUGGCCGCCUACCUGAUGCUCAUGAGGACUCCCCAGGACAGCGACGUGGACAUGGUGAAGAAGCUGCUGGAGAAGGAGCAGAACCCUCAGGUCAAGUCCUUCAUCAGCUCCCACGUCUACAACAUCCUCCGCUCUGAAGAGCCCGAGCUGCAAGAGCUGCGAUCCAAACUGGAGGAGGCCCUGCAGGACAUGAUGGUGAGCGCUAAUGACCAAUACACCACCAGCUCGGGUAACUACAGACUGCCUGGUGUCAGGGGAAACCUCAUCUUCGACCCCAACACUCAGCUGCCCCGAGAGGCCCUCCUGGAGACCACCCUUGAUGUUUUUGGAUACAAGAUGGACGUCUUUGAGUUGGGCAUGGAAGGAAAAGGCUUUGAGCCCACAGUGGAGGCCCUGUUUGGGAAGAAUGGCUUCUUCCCUGACACCAUCUCCAAAGCCCUGUACUGGACUGAAGACAAGAUGCCCCCUAAAGUCCGAGAGCUCCUGAACAAGUGGACAACACCAUUCAAAAUGGAGGGUCAUAAGGUGCCUGAAGAUCUGUUGAGAGUAAUGGUGCGUAACUUCCAAAAGCUGAUGAAAGACCUGAAGAGCUCGGACGCCCCAGACGCCAUGGCCUACCUCCGCUUCAUGGGCACCGAGCUGGGCUACCUCAAGACCACAGAGACAGAAGAAAUGGCCCUGAGCGUCCUCAUGUACGCCCAGAUCUUCAUGCAGCGGAUGCCCCUCGCAGAGAUCCAGAGAUUCAUGAGAGGAGAAAAUUUUGCCCAUUACAUGUUCAUGGACAACAAGUUGAGCCUUCCCACCGCCUCCGGCCUGCCCCUGAGCUUCCACAUGACUGGGACUUUCACCCCGGGCGUCAAGGGGAAAAUCUCCUUCAACCCCAGGAUGAAGGAGCUGUGGUUCCGUCCCUCCGCUGGUCUGGAGUUCAGGACACAGAUGGGCGUGCACGUGCCUGAGCUGCUUCAGUCUUCUGUGGAGAUGACCACGGAGCUCUUCCACGAGAGCGCAGUCAACGCUCGCAUUUCCAUGGGCCAGGAUCAGGUCAAACUGUCCAUCCCAGCGCCCACAGACAACAUCAAGCUGCUCAACAUCAAAAACGAGGUGCGGAUCAUAGGAAUGAACAAGGCCCAUGUGAUCCAGCCCACAUACUCCGAGGUCACUUGUCCCAGUCAGGCCCGUCUCCCUGGCAUGAAGCUGUGCUACACUGUGUCCGGGGCUGAGGCAGGACCCCUGAGCCCCUACUUCCCCCUCAACGGAGCCGCACGGUACCAGGUGGAGUUGGGUCCCACAGAUGAGACUGCAGAGUACACAGCCACGUUCAGCUACAGCCUGCAGACUGAAGGCAAAGAUGACCUCCAGAAAGUGGACACACUCAGAGUGGACCUGAAAGUGGAGGGUGGUGCCGAUCCCACUGAGGGUUUGCUGCUGCUCAAGUACAACCGGAACAAACACGUGCUGAGCUCCCAGCUGCAGGUGCCUGACAUGGACGUGGAGGUGGCAGCGCGCCUUGGACUGAGUGACAGCCGCUCCAGAGGGCAGACUCUGACCCUUGAGCUGUCGGACCACAACGUGCCACAGAUGUCCCUGACCGGCCGUGCUAAGCUUCAGGGCAGCGCAGAGGGCCUGGCUCAGCUGCAGCUGCUGGUGCCCUCCCUCCGCACAGACGCCUCCCUCACAGGCACCAUGAGCCGGGCGCAGGGGCUGGUGCUGGAACUGACCAGUGAUAUCAAAAUGCCCCUGACAACCUCCAUCCAGACCCUCACCUUCAAACACGGUGAGGAGCAGGCUGAGCUGAAGCUGGUGUCCCGCGUGAACACAGAGACGUCAGUGCUGCUGGAGCACAGUGCAGGGGCACAGGACUGGCUCCGGCUGUUUGUGAGCGACGUCAUGGACCAGAGGGUGGUCAACACAGACAUGAAAGUGAGGCACAUCCUCAACAAGGGCCUGGAGGCCGGUACUAUCUGGAUGGACAAGUUCAAGGGAGAUUUUCCAUACGUGGAGACUCUGAAAGACAACAUCGCACACAUGGAUAUCCCAGCCAUGCCUGAGAACCUCUUCAUGAACUUUGAAAGUGCACUGAAAUACGACUUCAACAAAGACUCGGCGAUCCUUUAUCUCCCAGUGCCAUUUGGUGGCAAGACCUCUGAGCAGCUCAACAUCCCAGUUACACUCACCGUCCCACGCGUCAAUAUCCCGCAAAUCAAUGUGGACUUUGACUCCAAAGACAUCCCCAUUCCAGCCUUCACCGUCCCAGACGAAUACGAGCUCACCGUUCCACUCAUGGGCAAAAUGGAGAUGACCACCAAGAUGGAGAGCAACAUGUAUAACUGGGAGUCAGUGGUGGCAGUGGGCAACUACACAGAAGACUCCCCCAGUUAUAAGGCUGAAUACAGCGUCAAGGGGGACAGCCCCAUCAAGUUACUGUCCUUCACCAAUGCAGGAACUGCUGAGCUCUUUGAGGAAUUCAACGGCGUCACCGCAUCCAUCUUCAUUGGCUUGAGACACGAGCUUCUCCGCUCUGAAAUCAAAAUCCGUAACAACUUUGGCAUUACUGAGAACCUUUGGUCUGGAGGAAGGAUUGUCAUGACCGCUAAAGCCCCAGGAGUGGACACAUCCAUGAGUACUUCUGCCCAGUUCACACUUGCACCAACCAUGCUUUCUGGUGAUAUGAAUUCAGAUGCUAGCAUUAAUAUUGGACCAAUGGAAGCCACGUGCACAUCCCAGAACACCUUCUCCUUUGAGCCAGCUAAGAGGGAAGCUAAAGCUGAGAGCACUGUUCGGCUCAACUCUGACAUUCUAAAGAUGGCCAACAAGAUCAAGAUGUCCUAUGUUAACAGCGAGCUGAACAUGGACUCCAACACCAACGUGAACAGUGAGCCUCUGAAGCACACAACCAAAAUAAAUGUAGUGUACAAGGAAAUCAAGCUCAGCAUCCAGUCUGACUCUGUGACCAAGGCUAGCGAGGAGAAAAUGCUGCGUAGCCAGUUGGAGAUGCUUGCAUCUGGAGAGCAAGUAACGCUGAGAAUAGAAAACCAAGUAGACGAUUCUUCAAACCGGGCUUAUUCUCUGCUGACCAGCACCCUGACGCCAUCUGGUCUGGAGGUCAACUCAGACGCUUCAGUCAAUAUCUUCUCAAGCCUUGCCUCUCAUAAAGCCACCUUGACCUUCGAUGAUAACGGCCUGACCACAAGCUGCACCACAACUGCCCAGAUUACACCACUCACAUUUGAAAAUGUCUUCCAUGCAGGAGCAGACUCUACUGGGGCAACAAUGUCUCUUACCACAAAGGGAGGCAUGAAUGAGAACAAAGCCGAGCUUAAUGUUGAGGGCAAGAUCGCAAGCUCCGAAGUCUACCUCAACAGCAUCAUGAAAGGCAAUCUCUUUGACCUUAAUGGAAGAAACCGAGUUAACUUAAGGCUUAACGAAGAUGGUUUGAUUGCCUCUACCAACAUGGUGGCCUCUUAUGAUGAAUAUAGCACCAAGAACACCCACACUCUUUCUCUUACCAUGAAAUACUUCACUCUCCAAUCCAAGACUGACAACUUCUUGAACAGCCAAAAUUCUUACAUGCACGACAUUACAAUUAAUAUUGAACGCUUCUCUGCAAAUGCCAUUAUGAAAAACGAAAUGAAGAUUCUCAACGCUGUCUUUAACAACGAUGCACAGUUCAAAGCAGAGCCCUACACCAUGGAACUGGUUGGUACGACAACAGGCGGAUACAACGAUGAGGAGAUGCGUCAUGCCUACGAAUUCAAGUUUGUUGAUAUGAUCCUGUCUGACAUGAUUGUCAUUGAUGUCAACAUGGACUCCAUCAUCAAUGCCAUCAACACCAAUGCCAAAACGUUCCACAAACGCAUGCUUAUCGGAAAGGACAAAGCCGCCGCCCUUCUCACGCAGACUUAUGGUAAAGCCAAGGAUGAAUAUGAAAGCAAGCUGACUAUUCCCAAAGUUACCCUGCCAAAGAUUAACAGCAUCAAGAUCCCACGUUUGGGAGAGAUGACUUAUGAGUUCUCCAUGAAAACUGCAAUGCUGACGCUGAAAGCUAACGCAGGACUUUCCAAUGGUCAAGAGGCUUUGGUCAUGAAAUACGAUGCCUCCUCGACUUCAGAGUUGAAUUUACUUUCUGGAAAUGUUGAAAGCACAGCUGCACUUAAGACCAACGAUGGACUGAGAAUGGAGUCCAACAUGGCCCUGAGGCACAACUUGGCAGAGUUCAACCACAACAACGUAAUCGUCCUGUCUCCCACCAUAGAGAUGGACAUGACCAACUCACUUUCCAAGGCCAUCAACCUUGAGCAGUCAAUGAAGGUGAACAGAAAUGAGGGUGUGUUGGUGACCAUGGCCAUUCCAUCUGGACUCGUCGGAGCUCAGGUCGUCCCCAAGUCUAUGACAGCUGUGAAGGCCAGGGUCUACGGACGCUACCCGUCUGAAGAGGACAUGGACAUAGUGGCCGUGCUGUUGUCCGCAGAGAGGGGACUGAACAUGCAGGCUAACUGGAACAUGGAGAUGCCUCAUGAUGCCAUGCGAGCAAUUCAAGCAGAAAUGCCAGAAAUGCACUUUUACGUCGAUAUGGUAGACACAAGUACCAAAGUCAUCAUUAGUGUUCACUGCAGCGAGAAACUGCUGUUGAAUUGA